AUGUCGUCAAGCUUAGAGAAGCAGCUUCUUGCUAGAUUUCUAGUAAUUCAGAGAUCACGGCCAGAGUUGGUGCAGAAACUAAACGACGUAAUAGGUACAUACGAGUUCUCUACAAUCCCAAGAGCAUUGUUUUCAGCAGAUGGUCAACUUCUAAUUCCAACCGAUAAAAGUGCAGUCGUUAAAACAUUAGAGUCACAUGUUGAUUUUGAGAAUCAUGCAGAUGUUGAAAUCGAAAUAAGUGAAAGCACAAGAAAGAUAUGCAUUAUUGAUGCUAUGGCGGUUGUUCAGACAAUCAAAAAAGGCACCAAAAUGACUACCUGUGCAGACUUUGCUCAGGCAUUUGUCAGCGUUAUUAAGAAGAUUCUCCAUGAAUAUGAUGAAGGAAGAGUGAUCUUUGAUCGAUACAUUGAACAUUCCCUGAAAUCACAGACACGGGUGAAGCGUACAUCUGGCAAAGAUCCUAUGAAGUUCCAAGUCAACGACACAACGAACAUAAAAAACGUACCACUCAAAACGUUUCUUUCACAUAUUGAGACGAAAACCCAGUUGACAGAGUAUCUUGGAAAAGUAUUGCUGCAAGCAUACCAGGAAAGUCAACUUGCAUUGAUAAUAGUGUAUGGUACAUGGCUACAUGCACUUAUUUAAAUCGUCCGGCUGUCUUCGGCGAGUCUAUCCUACAUCAUAACCACGAGGUAGCUGACACCAUAAUCCAACUUCAUGUACUUGAUGCCUUACUUUUAUCACCUGGUUGCAAAAUUGACGUAAGCCGAUCUCCAGACACUGACGUUUUUAUAUUAUUGAUGGACCUCUGCGCACGACGUCACGACACUGGAAGUGUCAACUUCGUAACAGGACAGGGAAAGUUUAGCAAAAGAAAUAUGGAAGCAGAAAAGUUAUCUCCAAAUAACAGAGAGCAAGCCUUAUCGCUAGAAUUUCAAAAGGGUAUAGAAAUGCCAUCAACCUAAUGCCACCUCUUGCUAAGAAUGGCUGGGAAAUAGCGCAUGACAUCCUGGAACCCCCCAAAUGCCUCGAACAACCCGCACUACAAGCAGUAUUAGAACUUGUAAAAUGCGGAUGCAAAGGACGAUGCCAGGGGCGAAGUAAUUGUUCAUGUUUAAAGAAUGAUAUGCCAUGUACUGAGUUAUGUAAAUGCGAGGACUGUGAAAACGUAAGAGAUUACACUGCAGACGCAGAAACAGACGAUGAUUCAGAAGAAGAUGAAGAAAUUGACACAUGA